AAACACAGACGCCCACCUAUCACUGCCUCCACUCACUUUCUAUCACAGCUACUCAAGAUGGCGGCAGCUUCCUCCAUCCAGCCGCCGACCGUUCACUCUUUGAACCAGGAAAGUGCAAAUUUCCCGGAUUCUGACAGCCCGGAGAGCCGGCAGGAUGAGGACGCAGCAUCCGAGGGGACCAGUCUCAGAGACUUACCCGAUUUGGAACCGGAGGAAAUUGAGAAGAGGCUAGAGAAAACUCGCCGCGAGCUGAGCAACAGGAGGAAAAUCCUCAUUAAAAACCUUCCACAAGAUACAACCAACCAGGAGGUCCAUGAGAUUCUGAAAGAAUACGAGCUCAAGUAUUGCUUUGUGGACCGCAACAAAGGGACAGCAUUUGUGACUCUGCUGAACGGUGACCAGGCUCAGGGUGCCAUCCGCUCCCUCCACCAGAGCAACAUGCGUGGCCGAGACAUCACGGUGCAGCUCCAGCCCACAGACAGUCUGCUCUGCCUCACCAACCUGCCCCACACCUUCACCGCCCAGCAGCUGGAGGAGCUGGUCCGUUCCUACGGAAACAUUGAGCGCUGCUUUCUGGUCUACAGCGAGCUCACCGGACACUCCAAGGGCUACGGCUUCGUGGAAUACAUGAAGAAGGACUCAGCGUCGCGGGCGCGGUCGGAGCUGCUGGGGCGACCAGAGGGGGACCGUGCGGUUAUGGUCCAAUGGACAGAUGUGAACCAGUUGACUGCGGGUCACCACCUCCACUCUAAGUGCCUCUGUGUGGACCGGCUGCCCCAGGAGUACGACUAGCCCAGGAUGAGGGMAGCCCGGUGCGAGGGUUCGGGGUGGUGGAGUAUGAGAGUGCAGAGCAGGCAGAGGCCAUACUGAUAGAGAUGGACAGAACACUGGUGGGAGGACAGGAGAUCCGUCUGUCUCUCUGCACCCCCGGAACCUCAGGCAGGAGCACAUUGGCAGCGCUCAUCGCUGCUCAGGGUGUGGUAUCUAGUCUGUUGGGUGACCCCUCUCGUCUACUCCUACAGAAAGUCCUUGGUCUCAGACCCCCAGCCCCCAUGGCCCUGGGACAGGGUCUGCUGGGUGACUCCCCCACUGAGUUGGGUCAGGAGUCCCUGCCAAUGUCCAGUCAGGCCUCAGUGUCGGCAGCGGGCAUGAUGCCCUACCUGCAGGCGCAGGCACACCUGGGAACAGCCGGGGGAGGGGAACAGAACGGGGCCUGCAUCUACACCACAGCCUCUGACAGGCAACCAGCCCCUCCUGGGACCACGGUGAAUGCUCAGCCCCAGGGACAGAGCUACUUCCUGGGUCCCCCACCACCCAAAGCUCCAGGGGGCCACCAGCCCGGCCUACACAGCUACAGCAGCACUGAGAGUAGCCCAGCUAGUGGAGCUCCCAGCAGUCAGUUCUCUCUCCUGGGUGAACCCCCUAAAGAGAUGAAGCUACCCUCCAAUCCAUACCUGAAUCUAGCUAGUGUGUUACCUGGCAUGGUGCUGCAAGCCCCGGCGGCCUGUAAAACGCAGACAGGGCAGCCUCUAGUUGGGGUGUACAGCAGUGCUAUGCCCCCUGUCUCCCAACCCUCCACUUCCCAAACUCCAGCACCCUACAGCACCGAUACCUCUACGGACUACAGUCACUACAGCCAGGCAUACUCACAGGAGGCUAUGCAGCAGUGGUACCAGCACUACCAAGCACAAGCCCAGAGCUACAGCACCGCCCCCCAGGAGAGCCACGCUAAGGACUAUAGCAAGGAGCACACACAGGUCAGUGUAGUGUGUUCUCAGUUACUGUAUCACCUCAGGGUCACGACCCACACGGUACCUGUCACCUCAGGGUCACGACCCACACGGUACCUGUCACCUCAGGGUCACGACCCACAACCCACACGGUACCUGUCACCGUCAGGCGUCAACGAACACACACCGGGUCCACGACACACCGGUACCUGUCACCUCAGGGUCAGCGACACCCACGGUGACUGUCACCUCAGGGUCACGACCACACGGUACCUUGUCACCUCAGGGUUCAACGACCACACGCAGGCGCGGUGCCUCCUAUGGGAUUACAGCUCCUACAUGCAGGCUGUCAGUCAAUACUAUUGUCAGCCUCCUAUGACCCAGCCACCUCCCCAGUCUACCCAGCACAGAGACCCUACCAAGGAGGCUGAUGUGUGUAAUCGCUGGGUGUGCUCUCCAUUGCGCAGUAACGGCGGUGCCCAUCGGGCUUUGCCCGCCGCGGUCUGCCAGCUACAGCACCAUGCCUAUUGA